CUCUUGAGCUGCCACAGCGAACUGGGCGUUGAGACCGAUUCAAUCUGUCAGUUUCUCACUCAUUUGACGCUGAUCGGAUGCCCCAAACCCUCCGCUCCACUCAGUCUCACCGACCAUCUAGACUUAAUAGGUUUGGGUUUGGCCAACAUGACGUUGUGUGCGGGGAUCAUGUCGUGUCGGAAGGCCAGUGAUCAAGUGAGCGGUCGCCAGAUUGUUCAUCUUACUCGAGCCCAUUUUUUUCCAAUUUUCUCCCACGCCCUCGCAGCUUAUGUCAAAGCGAUUGAGAGUCUUUACUGCCUUAAGGCCCCCUCUUCCACCAGCUAUGGGCCUUGCGACACUGGAUUCCGUAACCAGUUGAUUUUGAAGAGUUCUUAA